UCAUUUGUAAUGUAUACACUUGCACUGUCGUGUAAUGAAGCGGCAUGACAAAGCAGUACGAGCUAUGUAACUCGAUUUCAUUUUACAGUAAUUGUUGUUAAUUUUAUUAAUAAAAAUGGUGAGUUUUUUUGGUGAAGUGGUGUUUCCAGUUUCUCGAGCGUUUUGGGACGAAGAAGAUGAAAAUGAAUCAAAUGAAAUUGCGAUUAAUGAACCCGAAUUUUCUGUUCGAUGGUUGCAAGAAAAACCGGCUCAAAUUGACACAUUAAUUGUUGUUGAAGGAGAAAUGUUAAUUGAUUUUUCUAGAGAAUGUUUGUGUCAAAGUACAGAAGAAGCAUGCCUUGUGGAAGAUAAGAACAAAACAAAAAUCUGCAUAAUUUAUCAAGUUAAUAAUGGAAUAUAUUUAUGUGAUGUGUCGCCACGAUUUGAUGUGAAAUUCUCCGGCAAAUUGGUCGAUAAGAUGUCUGAAAUUUUUUUAAACACAAAAAGCACUAUUAGUAUAACGUCUCGUCACAUUUCACACUUUAAAUGUAAAGACAGACCAGUUGUACCCGCCUUUUUGAGAAUGUUAGUUUCAAAGAAUGGGCAGAGUGUUUGUAGUUUGAAAGAGCCUCUUUUGGAGCAACCAAACAUUAUAUUCGGAGUUACAGCAGGAGUUUUAUCAUACGCAGAAUUUAUGGACCUACCGUCAGUUUUGUAUAUUUUAUAUACAGACAAUUUUGUGUUAGACUCAGUGUCGGCAGAGCCUCUUAUAAAAUUAUUUACAACUAUGGAUUGUACAAUCAACGAUGUUUCAUUUGCUGGAAAGGGCUUCUUUAAUAAAGGAAAUCUCUAUAUGUAAACCAGACGUUAAUGAUAUAAAUGUUUUAUUGAAAUA